GGCCGCGGCUCCUUCCCUGGGACAAUAUGUUCAAGAGAAUGGCGGAAUUUGGGCCUGACUCCGGCGGGAGAGUGAAGGGAGUUACCAUCGUUAAGCCAAUAGUUUAUGGUAAUGUUGCCCGGUAUUUUGGAAAGAAGAGAGAAGAAGAUGGACACACUCACCAGUGGACGGUGUACGUAAAGCCGUACAGAAACGAGGAUAUGUCAGCAUAUGUGAAGAAAAUCCAGUUUAAGUUACAUGAAAGCUAUGGCAAUCCGUUAAGAGUCGUCACUAAGCCUCCAUAUGAAAUUACUGAAACAGGAUGGGGUGAAUUUGAAAUAAUCAUCAAAAUAUUUUUCAUUGACCCUAACGAAAGACCUGUGACUCUGUAUCACUUACUGAAGCUCUUCCAGUCUGACACCAAUGCCAUGCUGGGGAAAAAGACCGUGGUUUCAGAGUUCUACGAUGAAAUGAUAUUUCAAGACCCUACAGCAAUGAUGCAGCAACUGUUAACCACAUCUCGCCAGCUAACAUUGGGAGCCUAUAAGCAUGAAACAGAGUUUGCAGAACUUGAAGUGAAAACCAGAGAAAAACUAGAAGCUGCCAAGAACAAAACAAGCCUCGAGAUUGCAGAGCUGAAGGAGAGAUUAAAAGCAAGUCGUGAAACUAUAAAUUGUUUAAAAAAUGAAAUCAGAAAGCUUGAAGAAGACGAUCAGACAAAAGACAUAUGAGUCAACUGCAGAGCAGUGGGCGCCACAGGAGGGCAAGCUGCAGAUGCUGGGGCGUUUCUGGGAGGAGCUCUCAGAGAGCACUCCAGGUCCUCACUCUGUCAGGCCGUCGUCCCUGGAGCACAUCAGUGCUCUAAGACUUGAUGCUGUGUAGCAGUCCACUAUGUUAAGCACAACUUUUAAAUUUUUGUUUUUGUUUUUUAAAUUGAACUAUAUGUAUAGUUUAUUUUCCUUCGGGCAGGAUUGAAAAUUCUGUUAUAAAGUCUUACUUGUGCAGACUUUGUACUUCUCUACUAUAGAAUUAGUGAUUAGUAUGGUGUGUUAGUUCUUCAGGCUCACGUCUGCCCCGGCUACCUCUUUUGUAUAUGAUGUGUCUAGGAAGUAUUUAAUAAAUGUUUACUGCUCCCAUGUCUGCCUCUUGUGACUUCUCCAAUCACUUCACCACUUGUGUUUUCAAAUAAAUAUUUGUUACUCUUUGA